AUGUCAUGGAACGUCAUACAUUUUCGAGCUAUUUACGAUGAAAUAUCCAGGCACAAAGUUCCUUUCAUUGAUCAAUUAGAACAUGUCAACGCAGAUGAAACAAAAACACCGUUCAUGAUCUUUUCACCAAAAGGA